AUGUCGGACCGAGAGAGAGACGGCGUCACAACCACCGCAAAAAACCCUAGCCACCGCGAAAUCAAACGAGCGAGAGACUCAAUGAACGGUGUAGAUUUCAUCAGCUCCCUCCCCGACGCGAUACUCCAACACAUCUUCUCUCUAAUUCCGACAAAAUACGCAAUCAGAACCUCUGUUUUGUCCAAACGAUGGAAACAUGUGUGGUACGAAACACCUUCUCUCAACCUCGAUUGCGAUAGAUACGACCCUGAUUCAGUAAUCGAAACGUUAAGUAGAUACUACACAUCUCCCAAAAUCACGAGUUUUCAUCUCACUAUCAGCCCCAGCGUUAUACAGAUCAAAAGCUUGCUCGAGCUCGCAAUGUCUCGCAACACCGAGAACCUUUCUCUGAGAUUCUCUCCUAAUAUUAUAAUUCAUCUUUUUCCUGAGGUCUUCUUCAACAGUUGCUCUUUAAAACAGCUCUUUAUCGAAGAUUCAUAUGCUAUUAAUGCGAUUACUGGAAACACCGUAUCUUGGACAUCUUUAAAGACACUAUAUUUGAGGUUCUGUUUGCUUCCCGAUGAGACUUGUGCUAAGAUCUUGUCUGGGGCUCCACUUCUUGAAUCCUUGACAUUGUUGUCUUGUGAGAAACUUGCGCGUCUUGAUCUUAGCAAAUCUUUGAAGUUAAAGAGAUUGGAGAUAGAAGGGUUGGACGAGCCAAUAAAGAUUGUGGCUCCGCAUCUCCGUUUUUUGAAGUUGUCUCAUAGUGAAGAGUCACAAUGUGACUUAGUGGAUGUCUCUUCUUUAACCGAAGCUGAAGUGAACAUGUACGGUCACAGACGUCAUGGUUUCGUGUUUGACGAGUUUGGAGAUCCUGAAACUGGUUUAGCUGAUUCGUUUCAAAUAAUGAUACUAGAUACGCUUGACAAGUUGCAGAAUGUUGAGAAACUUACUUUAUCUGAGGCUUUCUGUCUUCAGAUAUUAUCUCUUGCCGUUCUCGGUGGUGCUCCUUUUCCGAUGUUCAAGAAGUUGGAAGCUUUGACUAUUGAAACGGCUAUCUAUCAAUCUAUUAUUCCUGGUGUAGCAAAGCUGCUUCAAAACUCACCAAGGUUAAAGACGAUCAAACUAGACAUAGUUGACUGCAACAAUACCAUAAAGGAGCGUCGUCUUGUCAACUACUUGUAUUCGAAAUAUUUGUAUACGAAUCAAUGUUGGAAACCAAAACAUUUGGAUGACCCGAGUUUCUCUGAGCCGAAACUAAUGACUUCUGUCAUGAAAUUUCUACUGAAUACAACAAGUGGAGACGAUAAGGUUGGGAGUUUCACUUUCUCACAAAACAAAAACUCUAUCUUUUGUCACGGACUUAACUCAAGACUAUCAUUUUGUCAUUGA